GGUGGGGGGGGGGCUUCCAGACUGGAUGGGCCCGGCGAUGCCUUGAUGGAGUAUGGGCCAGGUUUUAGGAUUCUCCCACUGCCAGGAAUAUGGCUCUGUGGCAUCCACUCCAGACUCGACGCCUCCGUGCACCGACGGUGGAAAUGAGGAGUCUGAGAUCUGUGAGCUGCAAACAGCCAGGGAGUGGUCUGAUGAUGAAGAGGGAGAGGGAGAUGUCGAUGUCGAUGACGAUGACGAGGAACUGUCUUCAUCCCCGUCCAUCUGGGGCACGCCGCGCCAGAACUCCCACGAGCUGACCUUCUCGUACAUCGCCAUCGCCGAGGCCGAAGCGGUGGGAUCGUCUCGGCACCUCCGGGACCUCCGGGACCGCCGCAGGGCCAGCGCUCGGGGAAGCCGCGCGUCUUUGAUCCACACGGACACCCUGGAAACCCUGUUGGACUCCCUCGGCGAGGACUGGGACCCUCAAGCCUUCCUCGGUGGAGAUGAAGAAUCAGAAAGGGGGGAGCAGGGGAGGGUGGAGGUGAGGAGGGAGCAGCACGGAGAAACCGAGACGAUUACAAUCCAACCGUUGCCCCAUAAUCUGGACCCGGAUACUCAGGGGGGAGUCACAGGAAUCCAAAGAGAGGAGUCUCUGAGAAGUGUGAUCCAGAUUGCCCGGCGGCCCUCGGCGGCCCCGUCUUCCCAACAUCAGAGCCCCUCACGGAUACUUCAGGGUGAGAAACGGGAGGAAUGUGUGAGAUGGGUUGUUCUACUCUGUAUGGUGGCACACUUCAAGUUUCAGUAUCAUGACGGCCCAACAAAGAUGCACUGUUAUCAUCCGCUACAGCGGGUGGCGGGUAUAGUUUUCACUUUGUGUGGUCAUCAUGACAAAACCUACAUUGAGGUGGUUUUGACAAACACUACCGUUCAAAAGUUUGGGGUCACUUAGAAAUGUCUUUAUUUUUCAAAGAAAGCACU